GAAAUAUGUCACAUGCUCCAUUUCCUCUCCCAGUCUGUCUGUGGUACAGUGACAAACUCAACCCCCCGUCACAAUAUCUACACCUCCAUCUGCAACUGCCCACCUGCCUGUCUCCUCUCGUCUGCCUGUUUCCUUAUAGGUGGUGAGAGGCCAUUCUGAGCUGAUCAUGACGGGGAAUUCCAGCAGCCCCAAAUUAGACAACGCCACCCUAUCCCUGUUCAAGAAUACAAACACCAGCAUUGCCAUCUCUGUCAUCUACAUGUUCGUCACUGCCAUCAACCUGGUAGGAAAUGGCCUCUCCAUGUGGAUCCUCAUAUUCCGUACCUACCCCAAGUCUGCCUCCAUCAUCUUCAUGAUUAAUCUCACCUUCACUGACUUGGCUCUGGGCAUAGCCCUGCCAUUUCAGAUCGCCUACCAGCUCCAAGGGUAUAACUGGAGUCUGGGACCCAAGAUGUGCAGUUCCCUGACCCUCAUCUUCUACACCAACAUGUACUGCUCCAUCCUGACCAUGAUGGCCAUCGGAAUCGACCGCUACCUCGGCAUCGUCAGGCCCAUGCUGUUCAGGCAGAUCAGGAAGAAGAAGUCCAUUGCAGUCGUAAGCUGCCUCCUCAUGUGGGGUCUGGUCCUGUGCGUUCUGUACCCACUGAUGACCACAGACCUGACCUUUGAAUUCCCUGAACUCGGGAUCACCACAUGCUUUGACAUGCUGAAGAAAGACAUGCUCCCAUCCACGGCAGCCUGGGCAGCCUUUCUCUUCAGCAUGGUGUUCAUUCUCUUCCUCUUCCCUUUCUGUGUCACGACAUUCUGCUAUGUCAGUGUCAUCCGCAAACUGGCCAAAGAUUUCAAGACAGCCCAGAAAGAUAGAGCAAUACGUCUGGCUGUCAUUGUUCUCCUAGUCUUCACUCUUUGCUUUGCCCCGAACAACAUCCUCCUGUUGACCCACUCAGUGCUGAGACUCUUCUAUCAGAAGUCCAUUUACAUGGCCUACAAACUGUCUCUCUGUUUCAGCUGCCUGAAUAGCUGCAUCGAUCCAUUCAUUUACUACUUUGCUUCCAAGGAUUUCAGACAAAAGCUGAGGCAGAUAAUGAAUCUGCAUAGCCUGAGUAGUGGGGACUCAAUGAAGAUGGAGCAUAAAGAGAGCGUGUACUCGGCACAUUUCGAGGGCCAAGAGAGACAACACAGCAAGGUGUAUUUGAUGCCAGGCACAUCACAGCAGAGAGAGAAUGAAACGACUUGAGGAAAGACUAAAAGAUGUGUGGGAAAGGGAGUGAUAGUGUAAGAAAUUGUGACUGUCGUGGGCUGGCCUUGUGUGCAUCAAGCUCUUACAUCACCUUUUCCUGUGUCAUUUUACUUCUUAUUUUUCCUGUGCACGAGCUGAUGAACAUGGAUAGCAGCUGAAUGUCUUUGCCAACUUAGUCAUUAUUCCUGCAUUACCCAAUGUGUUAUUUCAUGGAUUGAAAAACAAACAUUAAUUUCGUAUUUCUUGAUGUAGCAUGCAUGAGUGUCAAUAAAAUGUGAGUUAAACAUGUAUUUUAUGGAUGCCCUCUAUGCCUGAACAUAGCUGACUUUGUAACAUUUAUAACAUAUUCUCUGUUCAUGUUUCUGUAAAUUGUUGUCCUGCUUUUGACUAUGAAUGGUUAUUGUUGACAUUUUGACCUUUUUAACUUAUGAAACUUUCAAUCUCCUGCUAUUGUUAAUUUUGUUUUCUCUGUUUUUUAUGUCCACAGAAUAAACGUUUUAUUAUUAUUAUUA